UGUUUAUGUUGCUUCAUUUCUCGCUCUGUAUUUGCGACACAACAUCAUCUCUCCCCUGGUUAUUUUUGUGCUAUUCUUUUCACUUGAAAUAUUUUCAUUCUUUUUUCCCUCUCUAUCCUCCUCCACAAACCAACCACAUUCUUUUGUUCCCCUCGCUUGAUUGAUAGUAACAGCUUUUUGCUAUCAUUUUGACCACUUACUUUCCCUUUCCAUUCAUCCACAAGUUCUCAUUUUCGGUUUUCGAAACAAACUACCUAUCAUUUUGAGCUUUUCUGUUCGUUUUCCAUAUCAAUCCUUUUCAGCUUCCCUCUUAUUGGCUAGUCCUAGUGCUAUCGUCUCUUAGUUCCCUUCACCAAAAACAUAUCAAUCCACCACCUCGCGUCUAUUUCCCUAUUCAUCAUUAUAAACGCAUUCUCCCUUUCAACAGAUAUGACUGAUAAUAGCAAGUUCCUGUUGACCACGGAAUAUACAUCCGAUUAUACUUUGUCUCAACAUCACCACAAGAUCCAAUUGUCGGAUGAAUCGUUAUUAUACCAUGACAAUACAUUCGAUUACAACGCCAAUUUAUCUGUAGGCGAUGUUACGACAUCUGCUGCCGCUGCAGCAGCUGCAGUGGCUGCAGCAUCGGUGUUUGCCGUGCCUUUGUCGUCGCCCUCCACGACCGUAACGUAUCAACCCUGUGACUUGAACGACUUGAUGAUGAAUAGUGAUGAUGCAAGUAACCCACAUCAACCACAACACCACCAGCAGCAGCAAUCCCGUGAACAUUCUCAUCAUUCACAGUCGCAUCCCUUUUUGGUUCAGCAACAGCAGCAGCAGCAGCCACAGCUUCAUUCGCAGGGACAGAUGCAGCCACAACAGCAGACAUUGAUGACGCCAACUUCGACGAUGGCUCCCGUCAUCCACACAUCGACUGUAUCCGGUAGUAUGGCGCGUCAGCAUGAACCUAUCAGAAGCCCCGAUACCCCAAUGUCAUGCUGCACGUCUCCCGCGCCUGCCCCUUUAGCCGCCACUCAAGGCGCCGGGAAAUCUGCACAAUUGACAGGCCAAUUCCUGCCUUGUUCUCCGACGUCCCCGAGCGCCUCCCCUUCACCAUCCAUGCUUCAUCAUCAUGCGUCCACCCUUACUGAAACGAUUGCUCGAGCUUCCACUUUACCCGAAGCCUUCUACCCCGAGUUUCUGCAGUAUUCCAAAGAAACUUAUGAGCAAUCUACCAGCCCUCACCGUAAAAAGCGACGAUGCAACAAUGUUAAUAGUAGCUCCCCACCCAUGAAUCAUCAUUUGAUAGAGCAGCAACAGCAGCAGCAACAGUCAUCAUCUCAUGCCGCAACACGGCAGCCAACAUCGGUACCACAGCAACAACAACAGCAGCAGCAGCAGCAGCAACAGCAGCAACCGAUGGCUCCCAACCCGACAGAUAUGAUGAAAUCAGAUGACGAUAUCCAAUGGGAAAAUAGCUCGUUAAAGUGUCAGCCACCUUCGAUGAACCAUUUAUCCAAUUCUGAACUUCGUCGCCAAAUUCAUAUCCAAUCCGAACAAAAGCGACGAGCACAGAUCAAGGAUGGUUUUGAAGAUCUACGAAACGAACUGCCGAGUUGUCUCAAUAAAAAAAUGAGCAAAGUUGCUCUUUUACAUCGCACUGUGCAACACAUUCAGCAUCUGAAAAGCACACAAAUGACCAUUCUCGCCGAACUUGAACGGUUGAUCAAUGAAAAUGAGCAGUUGCGAAAAUUUCAAGAUAGUGUGCUGCAAAAACAGGCGCUGGAGAAGAUGUACCAGAUGAACAAUAUGUGAUUUGCGCUUUAAAAACGUCAGAUUAUAUUUCUUUAUUUUUCUUGUCAGUAUUUCUUUUUCUUAUCUCAUUUGUCCUCUAUGUUGUCAUUUUAUUUAAGGUUUAUUCCCCUUUUUUCAUCUUUUUUCUUUUAUAUGUAAACUCUUCUGACAAGCAUUGUAACUCCUCUUGUCCCCUCGAUCUCUCUCAACCCCCUUUUUCUUCUUCGCUGUCUCUUUUUUUUUCUACACUUAAUGUUGUAUAUGCAUCUCAUUAUAUAUGCCCGAUUCUUGCAAAAACAAAAGGUUCCCUUUCAGCUACAGAUUUUUGUUUCAUACAAUAGUUUGUUAAUAUGCAACUUUCAAUGAUGCGGAUUAAU